AUGAAGGGUCGAGUAAUUGCUGCAAAAUGCUUCAUAAUUCUGAUUGUUGCCUCCUCAGCCUCGAAUGUGGUUCUUGGGAAUGAGACGGAGGCAAUAGAGGAAAGGUGCGACCAAACGCCGCACCCUGGUCAAUGCAAGACUCUGCUGAUUCAACAUCCAUCGACCAAUAGACCCAUACAAAGCGCGACACAGUUCCUGGAGGUGUCUGUAGAGCGAACACUGGAUGGAGCCCUGAAAGCCAGGAGCGACACCUACUCUCUCGGCGCACAGUUCGAUUCAAAGCAAGCUUGGGAGGAUUGUAUGGAACUCUACGACCAGACCAUCCACAGACUCAACGAGAGCGUGUCCUGUCCCGUGAACGUGUGCUCAAGAUCGGACGUGCAGGCAUGGCUCAGCACCGCACUCACCAACCUAGACACGUGUCGCCAAGGCAUGUCACUGCUCGGUGGUGUCUCAUCUGGUUCCUUGCAGUCAAUGCUCCAAAGCAUCACCAUUGAUGUCAUUAACGCAUUGGCCAUAAACAAGGUGACUUUGACGGAAACAAACGGGAACGUGUUUGGGGCGUUGGGGAUAAACGGGAUGAGAAAGCCGUCUACAGGCAAAAGGGUGGAUGCAGUGGUGGCUAAAGACGGCUCUGGAGACUACAAGACCAUCCAAGAAGCGGUGGAUGCUGCGGGACAGAGGCCCAAGGGAAGCCGUAGAUACGUCAUACAUGUCAGGCAAGGGGUUUACGAGGAAUACGUCACUGUGGGAAUCAACUCCAACAACGUGAUGAUCAUCGGCGACGGUAUCGGCAAAACCAUCAUCACCGGCGACAAAAGCAACGCCCGAGGAUUUUCCACUUACAAAUCCGCCACUUUUGUGGCUGAGGGAGAUGGUUUCGUGGCGCGGAACCUGACGAUAAGGAACACGGCAGGGCCGGAGAGCCUACAGGCGGUGGCGCUGAGAUCGAAUUCGGACAGGUCGGUGUUCUACAGGUGUAGCAUCCAAGGGUAUCAGGACACGCUCUACGUCCACUCGGGGCGUCAGUUUUUCAGGCAGUGCGACGUGUACGGCACCGUCGACUUCAUAUUCGGAAACGCAGCCUCCCUCUUCCAGAACUGCCGGAUAUUCGCCCGUUACCCGCCGAACGGAGUGAACACGAUAACGGCACAGGGCAGGGUCAACCUGAAUCAGACGACGGGAAUCGUGAUCCACAACUCGGUGGUGAGAGAAGCCCCGGGGGCACAACUGGGAAGAAGAGGCGUCAGAACGUAUCUGGGCCGUCCAUGGAAGGAGUACGCUCGGAUGGUGGUGAUGGAGACGUACCUCGAUCGCUUGGUUGAUCCCAAAGGAUGGCUCGACUGGAAUCACUCCACGUCCUUUAGGAGGACCUUGUACUACGGGGAGUAUCGGAACACGGGUCCGGGUUCGGGUACAGAGAACCGGGUCGAUUGGGCCGGGUUUCACGUGAUAUCCGAUAUCGAGGAGGCUCGACAGUUUACGUUACCGGAAUUCGUCGGCGCUGCUUCCUGGCUGCCGGCAACCAAAGUCCCUUUCACACCAUCUUCCAUCUCUGAUUGA